AUAUUCGGGGAAAAAGAAAAUGGCAACCAGUGUUAAGAUAAAUGUUUAUCAUUUAUUUUUAAUGACAAGUCUUUUAAUAACAUCGAUCGAUUCAUUAUAUUUGUUUAUAAAUGUUUGGAAUAAUGGUAGUGGUCUACCACCUAAUAAUGAAUCAUUAAUAAAUUCCACAACAAAUUCCACAUCAAAUUCUAAAUCAUCAUCAUCAUCAUCAUUGAUAUUUGAUGAUGAACCAACACGUCGUAUUACAUAUUGUAUAAUUGUUGCAAUUCGUUUUAUAUUUGCAUUUCUAAUGUUAAUAUAUGGUUAUAUUUAUGGUUUAAGAUAUAAAGAUCAUUCACAUUUAUUUAUACAUUCAAUGUAUUUUAUAUGGAUUUGUGGAUUUUUAUUUGUUUUAGGUAUAAUUAUUACCUAUCAACAAUUUGUUUGGUCAUUAGUUAUACAAAUUAUUCAUCUUUAUAUUUCAUUAAUCUAUACAUUUAAAGCAUUUCUUUAUCAUUAUGAUGAUAAAAUUGAUGCUAAUUUGGAUUUUGGUCGUCGUACAGCUGAAUUUGAAGAAAUUCAAGCUAGUAGUACAUCAUUGGAUAGAGCAUCAAAACGUACACGAUAUGGAAAAGUAUUAUAUUUUGUUAAUAAAAAUCUUUUGGCUAUUUCAACAUUAUUGAUGAUUUUAUUGGCAAUAUCAAUUGCAAUAUUAUUACGUCAUACAUUGAUACCUGGAAAACCAUGGUCACAAAGACGAUUAUUACGAUUAGCAUUUAUUGGUGAAAUAUUUAUACGUGUAUUGCUUAGUUUAAUUGUACCAUUGGUUGGUUCAUCGAUUGCAUAUGCAUGUACCGGUUUUGAUCCUGAAUUAUCCGGUCAUAUUAUGUGGGAAGUUAUGGUUUAUUAUUUAAGUACAACGGGUUUUGCUGCUAUUGAAGGUUUAAUUAUCGUUUCAAUUAUAGGACCCGGUUAUCAUACAAGAAAAUCAGUUACAACAGUUGAACAAAAAAUUCAUAAAGAAAAUUCAACAAAGUUGACUAUUACGAUUGAAGAUACAAUAAUGGAUAUUUGUCGAAAUAUUUUUACUGAUAAUAUUUUUGAUUCAUGGAUCGAAACAUAUCAUACGAAAUUAGUACCACCGAUUGAUAAUCCAAAUGAAUUGAAUAAAGAUAAAUGGCGAAUCGAAUCGGUACAAGAACGUGGUGCAAACAUAAUGUCGGUCGUUGUUGUUGGUUUAUUAGUAGGUUUAUCCAUAAAUAUGAUACGAACACAUGGUGGUCGAAUACUUGUUGAAAUAAUUGAAACAGUCAAUACAAUUAUGAUGAUGAUUACAUUGGCAGUUGUACAAACAGCACCAGUUUGUACAGUAUUUCUUAUAAUACCACAGAUAUUGAUUGUUGAUGAUAUUGGUGAAAUGUUUAGUCUGGUCGGUUGGUUUACAUUAACCGUAUUAAUAUCAUUAUCAAUACAUUGUUUUGUGGUAUUACCAUUAAUCUAUUUAGUAUUGGUACGAAAAAAUCCAUUUAAUUUUUUGUCAUAUAUGUUUCCGGCUAUAUCUACAGCAUUUGCAACUAGUUCCAGUUCGGCUACAAUGUCAGUUACGAUGAAUUGUUUGGAAAAUGAUGCAGGUGUUGAACCAACAAUCGUACGAUUUGUAAUACCAUUUGGAUCAACAGUGAAUAUGGAUGGUGCUGCAUUAUAUGAAUCGGUUGCUGCUAUAUUUGUAGCACAAUAUCGACGAAAAUCAUUAAAUCUUGGUCAAUUAGUUACAAUUGCAAUGACAUCUAUAUUGGUCAGUAUUGGUGCAGCUGGUAUACCACAAGCUGGUAUGAUUACAACGGUAGUUGUAUUGAAUUCAAUUGGUUUAUCAUUGGAAGAUGCUGCACUUGUAAUGGUUGUUGAUUUUAUGUUGGAUCGUUUUCGUACUGUUGUCAAUGUAUUGGGCGAUGCAUUUGGUGCAGGUGUUGUUGGUCAUCGAUUACAAUAUAUGUUUAAUAAUACAAACAAUAAUAAUAACAACAAUUUACGAUCAUCAUCAUCAUCAGUUAUAACAUCAACAAAUUUUAAUGAUAAUAAUAAUCUAAUAAAAAUGGAUAAAAAUCAAAUUAUAUUAAGAAAUAUUGAAAAAAAUAAUAAUAAUAUUGAUAAUCAACAAACAUUAUCAUCAACAUCAAUGACAACAAUGACAACAUUAACAUCACCAAAAACAAUUACA